AUGUGCUAUACAGAUGAUAAUGCAGUAUUUCAUGUGGACCUUUCCCGAAAAAGCGUACGGGACGCUAAAAAGGAGCUUUACACAGAGUACCUUCUUGCCCAAAAGAAGUUGGACAUGAUCGUGUUAGAGAAGCAGAAGAAGGACUUGCGUGAGAAGUCCAAGUGUGACUCUUUCAUCGAGCGUUGCAUUUCGAUCGAGACGCAGCGUGCCUCCCCAUUUACCUUCCUAGGUUUGGAUGCCGAGCCUGACCUGGAGUUGAGUGGCGAACGUCUCAGGCCCCAGCUCAAGGUUCUCUACAGGAAGAUUGUGGACCAGGCGGCGGCGAAGCGACAGGCGCAAUUGGAUCGUGAACAACGGCAUCAUGAGAAGCAGAAGAAGAUUGCAGAGGAAGUUGCGGCGAAACCUCCAGACCAGCUCCUGACGAUGGUCAUCGACGACAGGAUCAAUAAGUCGAGACUGAAAGAAAAACAAGCUAAACGUCCCCCUGGUGUACCAGAAACCCCUGCAGCAUGGUACACUAGAGCGGCAGCCUUUGAUCUAUCGUCCCAGGAUGUUAUGGAAGAUAUGGCAGGUAUGGCAAAAAACGGCCCUGCCCCCGCUGCGAGCGGGGGUCGUGGGCGAGGCCGCGGCAAUCCAGCCAUCAGUGGUGUUCGUGGUCGUGGCCGCGGGCGUGGCCGGAGCACCAAGGGCAAGGGCAAGAGCAAGAGCAAAGGCAAAGGCAAGGACACGGACAACAACGGCGGCAAGAAUCCGAAGUCGAAGGGCAAGGACCAGAAAGGAAAGGGCUACGACUAUUACCCCAGCGGCGGCAAAGCGGACUGGGGGAAAUCAACACAGAAAAGUCGAGGCCGCGGCCGGGGGAAAUCCAGGACCCUAGGCCGAGGUGGAAGAAAAAAUGGGGGAGGCUGGUAG